GAAGCCGAAGUAGAGCAGUGAACCCGGAAGUGCUUCUCAGCAGAGGCCUGGGCCACUCUUUUGAAUGGAAUCGGGCUGAUUCAUCCCGGGUUCACAGAGCCAGAUCGCCGCCGACUGUGAGGCGCUGCCCGGCUGCCGCUGUCGCUGCACAGGCCAGGAACGUGUAAAAACUACUUGGAAAAAAAAUUAUACCUGCAAGAAUUAAAUAAGAGUUUGAGUUAGUAGGAAAUUUGUCACAUUCAACAAAUUGAAGCUUAACACCCUAAGAAUUACAGUUGCCAAGCAGAAAUAUGGACAGACUUCUUAGACUUGGAGGAGGUAUGCCUGGACUGGGCCAGAAAUCGUCAUUAUCAUAGAUCAGUCAGGAAGGUUUGGUCAUGAUUUGGAAACAGUCCCCAAAUGUCAAUAGUUCAACACUACAAAGCUCUUUUUCCGCUUAUAUGUGUCUGUGAUGGUUCAGCUGGGUUCUGUGUUCUGUGAUAUCAUCAUUACUCUGGGAUGCAAGGUAACAGCAUUCUCACUGACCAGUGGCUCUUUGAAAGCUUUCAUUGGAGGGACUGGAAAGAUGGCUCAUAAGGGUCCACCUACCGAUGCUCCUGCAGUGGACACAGCAGAACAAGUCUAUAUCUCUUCACUGGCAUUGCUAAAGAUGUUAAAACAUGGCCGAGCUGGGGUUCCAAUGGAAGUUAUGGGUCUGAUGCUUGGCGAGUUUGUUGAUGAUUACACGGUCAGAGUGAUUGAUGUGUUUGCUAUGCCACAGUCAGGAACAGGUGUCAGUGUAGAAGCAGUUGAUCCAGUGUUCCAAGCCAAAAUGUUGGAUAUGCUGAAGCAAACAGGAAGGCCGGAGAUGGUUGUUGGUUGGUAUCACAGUCACCCUGGCUUUGGUUGUUGGCUUUCUGGUGUGGAUAUCAACACUCAGCAGAGCUUUGAAGCCUUGUCGGAGAGAGCAGUGGCAGUGGUUGUGGAUCCCAUUCAGAGUGUAAAAGGAAAGGUUGUUAUUGAUGCCUUCAGAUUGAUCAAUGCUAAUAUGAUGGUCUUAGGACAUGAACCAAGACAAACAACUUCAAAUCUGGGCCACUUAAACAAACCAUCUAUCCAGGCAUUGAUUCAUGGAUUAAACAGACAUUACUACUCCAUCACUAUUAACUAUAGAAAAAAUGAGCUGGAACAAAAGAUGUUGUUAAAUUUGCAUAAGAAGAGUUGGAUGGAAGGUUUGACACUUCAGGACUACAGUGAACAUUGUAAACACAAUGAAUCAGUGGUAAAAGAGAUGUUGGAAUUAGCCAAGAAUUACAAUAAGGCUGUAGAGGAAGAAGAUAAGAUGACACCUGAACAGCUGGCAAUAAAGAAUGUUGGCAAGCAGGAUCCCAAACGUCAUUUGGAAGAACAUGUGGAUGUACUUAUGACUUCAAAUAUUGUCCAGUGUUUAGCAGCAAUGUUGGAUACUGUUGUAUUUAAAUAAAGCAAAGCAGAAAGCAUUUAGUGACACUUUCAGUGUAUAUUCCUCUGUUGUUCCUAAUGUUCAAAAUCAAGGAACCUCUGAAGGUGUAUGUGGUUAGGUGUAAGAAUCUGGCAUCAUUUGCAGUACUGAAACACCUUCAGUCUCAGCUGUGCAAUUACUUCUGUUUCUUUGGCCAGGGUCUUUGCAGAGUCCAGAGUUGUACAAGAAUACAUCAAAGUGGACCGAUUUUGUUAAGAUCCAUUUAAUAUUGAAAAAAAUCAGUAGCACAAAUAUAUUUUGAUUGUUGCUUACAAAAUAAAAUACGUUUACAAUCCAA